AAAGUAGGUCACAUUGGAAUUAUGGCAGCUCACAGCCUCAAAACAACAACUAUUGAGGACUAGACUUGAAAAGAUUUCUCAAUAAGCUGUUUAAUAAAUGAAGCAAAUUUUAGAAUUAAAAUGAAGAUUUGGAAAAAAACUGACAGUCGUGCUAAAUUAGGCGUUGCUAUAUAUAAUUUUCAUGAUGAUGGGGAACACAGACUUGCUUUGGAUAUUGGGGACACAGUGCAAAUUCUGGAAGAGACUGAUGAUUGGUUUAGAGGGUUCGCCAUUAAAAACAAGACGAAGAAAGGAAUAUUUCCUCGAAAUUAUAUUUUUUUGAAAGAGGCUUCUGUGUUCGUUAGUGGGGCUCAGGAGACUGUAACUAGCAAAGAACACCCUCUUGUGAUAGAGUUGACAAAUGUUUUGAGGGAAUGGCAUGCCAUAUGGAAGCAAAUGUUUGUGGAGCGCAACGAACAGUUGGAUCAUGUCCAAGAAAUGAUAAUGGAUUUGGUGGAUUGGAGAAACAAAAUAUUGGCAAGAAUCUUUACUGUGGAUGAACUGAGAGAAGUCCAACAGAAAGUGACAUCACUUAUAGACCAAGGCAAUGCAUUACUGAAGUUGGACCUAGUGGUUCGGGAUGAUCAGGGAAACAUUUUAAAUCCAGAACAGUCUAGCAUCAUUGAAAUUUAUAGGAGGCAUGUUGAGGCAGCUGAGCGUAUACAUAAAGAAACAAACAAAAGGGACAGUGAUAUAGAGACACGUCCAAAUUGGCCCUCGUCUUUCAACCUCUUUGUUAUGCUUAGAAAUUUUGUGUGUAAAAUUGGUGAAGACUCAGACAUCAUGAUGAAUCUCUUUGAUGCUAAAGAAGAAAAGUUUAUCAGUGAAAACUAUUUAGUAAAAUGGGGCAAACAAGGUGUACCAAAAGAUUUAGAUAUGAUAAAUAACUUCAGAGUGGUAUUCACAGACCUUGGCAGCAAAGACAGAAUGCGUGAUAAGGUUUUUCUUGUUUUUCAAGUAGUCAGAAUAGGAGUUAUGGAUCCCAAAUAUGUUGACAACAAAAAACAGACUCAGGGAGUUAGGAGACCUUUUGGAGUGGCUGCCAUGGAUAUAUCUAAUUUUAUGCAAGGAACAAAGGUCAGCCCUGAAGACAGUCAAUAUUUUGUACCAUUUCAGCACUGCAAUGAUGAUUGUAUGUUCAAUAUUAUUAAAAAAGUGAUAACAGCUAAAGAUAUAAAUCACAGAGGUCAAGGCUUUUGGGUAUCACUGAAAGUUUUACAUGGUGAUAUGAAACAGGUGAAGGAAAACUAUCCACAUCUUGUCCAACCUGGGACUGCUAUAGCUAGGAAAAUGGGUUUUCCUGAUGUUAUAAUGCCUGGGGAUGUCAGAAAUGAUAUCUAUCUGACUGUUAUGAAUGGUGAAUUCACAAAAGGGCCAACUAAGUCCACUGAUAAAAAUGUGGAAGUGACAAUGACAGUGUGUGACGGACGCGGAGAUGUCAUGCAGAAUGUCAUUAGCCACGGCUGUAUAGAAAUGAUGAUGUCAGAGUUCAGAUCUAUGGUGUACUACCAUCAGGACAAACCCAAAUGGUUUGAAACUAUCAAGGUGGCCAUAUCUACAGAUGUUGAGUUUAGUGGAUUACAUUUAAAGUUUCUCUUCAGACACAAAUCUUCCACAGAAGCCAAAGAUCGUUCAGAGAAACCUUUUGCUAUGUCUUUUGUCCGUUUGCUUAAUGAUAAUGGCACAACAUUAGAAGAUCAAAUACAUGAGCUUUUAGUGUACAAGAUUGAGACAAAAAAAUAUGAUGAUGCAGCUUUGUAUUUAAAAUUACCUUGCAGCAGACAGGAAUUGGAGUCAUUUCCAGCUGCUUCAAAUCACAAGCAAUCAGGGGGCCUUGCUCUCAGCCACAGGGACUCAUUUUUUGUUUAUUCCUAUGUUUGCUCAACCAAGCUAACUCACAAUGUUGAUCUUUUGGGUUUGCUGAAAUGGCAUGAAGUUUUAAAUGACACUAAAGCUUUGAAAACUUACUUAGAACACCUGAUGAAGGAGGAGGGAGAGGAAAUAGUUAAGUUUCUUCAAGAUUUAUUAGAUUCCUUGUUCAACAUUCUCAUGCAACAUACCAACAAUGAAUUAUGUGACAAUUUGGUUUUUGAUGCAUUGGUAUAUAUAAUAGGCUUGAUAUCAGAUCGCAAGUACAGCCAGUUCCGUCCAGUACUUGAUGCUUAUAUCACCUCUACUUUUAGCUUUGCUAUGGCCUACAACAAGCUGAUGGUAAUACUGAAAGAUUAUGUUGACAAAGCCAAUGAUAAAACUCCACAAAGUGAAAAUUCAUUGCUGCCUGCAGUCAAGUCUCUGGAAUACAUUUUUAAAUUUAUUAUCAGAUCACGGCAGCUAUUUUCUUUGCUCAAUGAGGGACGAGGUAAGCAGCAGUUUGAAAUUUCUCUACGCCAGUUGAUCACCGCAAUCAAUAACAUGAUGAUAUAUAAGACAGACAACACACUACUAGUACAGGGCGCAGCCUUAAAGUACAUGAGCUGUGUGAUUGGGGAUGUUAUUACAGUCUUUGAUAAAAUUGAACUCAGCCAUCUACUUGUUCAGUUUAUCAACAAUGUUCCUUUAGAAAGAUUGACCAAACAGAAGAUGAAGUGCAUUGACCAGAUCAUCUUGUCAGAUUUGUUCAUUGAGCCUGCUUGCCGUCAAGUACUUCUACCUUCCUUCCUGCAACACACUCAUGCCUUGAUGGAGCACAAUGAUGAGAUGGAGGAGUGUAUCUCAAUACUUAGUCAUAUUAUGGAUAGACUCUGGUCCUAUGAAGGAUCAAGGGAUGUAGACACAUCAAUUAUGGUUGAAAAAAUUCUCAGAACAGUAAUUCAGGCAGUCAUUGGCAUGGACCAGUCUUCAAAACAUACACAAACCAUCCAAAGCAAAAGUCGUAGGCUGGAGCAAUUCUUUGGCCAUCAACCCCCACCAAGUGUUUCCAUUUCAUUUGAAACAAUAAAUGGAAAUUGUGUUUGUGUGAUGAUCAGCUUGCUGCGUCAGAUGACUGAUAGUCAUUAUAGAGCUUACAUCAAAAGCUUCCCAACCCACUUUGACCUCAUGGACUUUUUGAUGGAAAUCUUAUGUGUGUUUCGAGAUCUGGUCCACAGGAAUGUCUACCCUCAGGACUGGCUAGAAAUGAUCAUGGUUCAGAACAGUGUAAUUUUACGAGCAUUGAGAAUAUUUGCAGCCACUAUACAUGAAAACUUUUCAUCUCCAUUUGAGCAACAGCUAUGGAACAAUUUCUUUCAUUGUGCCAUUGCUUUCUUGACACAAGACAGUUUGCAGUUAGAUAACUUUUCAGCUUCCAAGCGAAACAAAAUUAUAUCCAGGUACAAAGAUAUGAGAAGAGAAACUGGUUUUGAAAUUCGUGCAAUGUGGUUCAAACUAGGUCCCAAUAAAAUCAAGUUUAUUCCUCAACUUGUGGGACCAAUUCUUGAGAUGACCCUUAUACCUGAAGUUGAACUAAGGAAAGCAACUAUACCAAUUUUUUUUGACAUGAUGAAUCAUGAGUUUGUACAGCCCAUUCCUAAUUCAAAUGCUAUUCAAGAAAAUUUCAAUGAGUUUGAGAAUGAAAUCAUCACCAAGCUUGACACCUUGAUAGAGGGUGGACGUGGAGAUGAACAGUACAAGGAUCUUUUUACUGAGAUCAUGUACCACCUGUGUGAGAACAAUCAAAUACUGUAUGAUCAAGGUUGUGCCUUCGUUGGUAUGAUUCAUGAUUUACUUGAGAGGCUGUUAGUGUAUCGCACAAUCAUACAGGAUGAGGUCAGGGAGCACAGAAUGAGUUGUAUAGUCAAUCUGCUGGACUUCUACCAUGAAAUCAACAGACAAGAAAUGUACAUUCGCUACCUCCAUAAACUGUGUGACCUUCAUCUUGGCUGUGAUAACUUCACAGAGGCAGCCUACACACUUCUGCUUUAUACCCGGCUGCUUCAGUGGUCAGAUGAAGCACUGGCCCCAAUGCUGCAGAAUAACAAGUUCCCAGAUGCCAUGACCAACAGAGAAUUAAAGGAGAAACUUUACUAUGAAACCAUUUCAUACUUUGACAAGGGCAAGAUGUGGGAGAAAGGGAUAGAAUUGUGUGAAGAGCUUUGUCUGUUGUACAGGGAUGAGCUGUUUGACUAUGUCAGUCUAGGCAAAAUACUGAGAAGACAGGCUGAGCUCUACGACUGCAUCAUGAGACAGAUUAGACCUGAACCUGAAUACUUCAGAGUUGGCUACUUUGGACUUGGGUUUCCUUCCUUCAUACAAAACAAAGUGUUCAUAUACAGAGGCAAAGAAUAUGAAAGACUGGCAGAUUUUAAUGCAAGGAUGCAGAAUUUGUUUCCCAAUGCUGAGUUGAUGAAAACAUUAGACACACCUGAUUCAGAGAUUUUAGAAUCAUCAAAGCAAUACUUACAAAUCAAUGCUGUGACACCUGUCAUGAACCUGAAAGAGCGUCUCCAGAAUCGCAACAUAAGUGAACAAAUACUCAAAUACUAUCGGGUAAAUGAAGUGCAGCAAUUCACAUUUACAAGGAGGAAGGAAGAAGGCUCAAGUGACGUCACGAACAUGUGGCUGGAGCGUACGUUCAUCAAGACAUCCUAUCCUCUUCCUGGGAUUGUAGGAUGGUUCCCGGUGAUUGAUAUAGAAACUGUGCUAGUGAGUCCCAUUGAGAAUGCUAUUGAGACUAUAGAGGAGAAGAACAAACAGCUGAUUAUGUUAAUAGAGCAACAUCGGAUGGACUCCACUCUUCGAGUUGACCCGCUUGGCAUGCAGUUAAAUGGUGUUGUGGAUCCAGCGGUCAAUGGAGGGAUUGCAAGCUACAAGGAAUUUUAUAUUGGUGACUUUGAUCGUUCAUUACAAGAUAGGUUGAAAGAAGUAACCAUUGAACAGAUAACAAUCUUAAGGGAUGGAUUGAUGGUGCACAAGGCCAAGGCUCCAGACUCUCUCCAGCCAUUUCAUACACACAUGGAACAGAGGUUUAGCCAGAUGUGUAAUCUGAUUGAAAAGGAAUAUGGCAUCAAAGUUGCUGACAAAGGUUUUCUAAGUGCUACCUUACGACGGAAUCAGUCUCUUCCCAGCACAUCGUCCAACCGUAUGAGUGACCUAUCUGUUAGUAGCCUGAAUGUCAACAAUGACUGGAUAAAAUAUAGAGCCCAGAGGACCCUGACUUCAAACAUGAACACUCCCCGCAACCCAAGCACACGCUCACAGUCUGUGUGGGUCAAGGAUAAGACCAACUCAGUGGCAAGUGCCCCCAAGGCCAGCCCGUCAUCAAAGGUCAGCCUGAGCACCACGCUAAAGAAGCGUGUGUCGCAAGUCACUGAGCAGUUUACUGACUCUUCUCACCGUAACUCUGUAGACUCCCCUAUUGAGCUUAGUGAACAGCUGACACCAAAACGACCUCUCAGACCAGAAACUGAAAGGCGACCCAGUCGACCUCCCAGUGCUCAGUUAAGCAAUAGCCAUGCUCACUCUGGAAGUACUAACAGUUUGUCAUCCACACACUCAAGACUCUCUGGUGAUCAAGGGGAUCUUGUUGCUGCUGUCAAUGCAUAUGCUGUGACCACUAUGCAGGAACCUGCCAAUGAUGUGCCACCCCCCCUGCCAGAGAAGCAGUCAGCUAGUGACUACUUGAACCAGGCAGGAGAGAUAGUGCGUAGACCUUCCUCCAUCAGCCAGCAUAGCAACAGUAGACACAAGCCCCCACCGCCUCCCCCUCCAGUAUUAGAGGUCUCUGAAGACACACCACCGCCAGUGCCUCCUAAGCCAACACAGCACUGAACACUAUUACUCAGCUUGGACAGGAACACUUGAAGCAUGAUCCACUCCAGCACCCAUGGCAUGUUCUCUUAGACUCUAGCACUAUACAUUCUGCACACUGUGACUAUUUAUUUCAAUCUGUGUCAUUGUCACUGCAUGAGGUCUAAUAGAUGCUGUGAAAUCUUGUCAUGUCCAAUCUGACAGGCUCAAAUCUCAUUUUAUCCCUUAAAGAAAUCAAUUCUCUGCACUUCAUUGUAGAUGAAGAUUUCCAUUUAUUGAAUAUUCAUAUAAUCAAGUUUGACAUAGCUGGCUUUGAUAGUAUUGGCAUGCAGAAUGUCAAAUAGCAUGUGAUCAUAUAAUAAAAGUUCACAAUUGUAAUUGAAUUCAGAUUGAAUCUAGUAUUUAUUUAUCGUUGAAUGUAGUAUAGACUGUACAUGGAGAUGUAUUGAUUAUAAUUUGGUAGUGAACUUGGGUCCAAUGAAUUGUGAACAAAAAUAUAAGUUGAAUUUUGGUCUUAUGAUCUAUGGGCAGCAACACAUCUUAAUUAAGUGACCUUUUUUGUGUAUUCACUUGCCUCCCUUGGAUUUUAGGAACUACCAGCUUCAUUUGUUGUUGCUUCUCUUUUAUUAUUUAAUGUCAACAAUGGAAAGACAUUGGGUAAUAUAUAGUACUGUUAUAAUUGAUAAUUGGUUUGUCUUGAUCAUAAGUCUUGUCACCUGAGACAAGUUUCUCAUCUUUAUUUAAAAACCCACUAUUGACCCACAUAGCCCUCAAAACAACGCCAUGAGCUCUCUUCUUCAAUGUAGCAUAAUAUUGAUGAAACAGCAAAUUUAUUUGUUAUUAUCAACUACUAGGGAACCUUUAAAACACAUCCUCUGACAAUAAGUUGUGUUACUUGGUUGACUUCAGAUGAGUGUAGUAUGCAAGAGCUUCAUGCCUAGCAUGAUAGACACAAAUUAAAUCAGGACUUGGUUUCAAGAGAAAGUGUUAUCCCUAACCUAAGCAUGACACAAAUCAGAGGGCUGUUGCUAAAGAAGUUCCAGUGUAGUAUAUUUCAUGACUUUAAAAACUAUGAAUUAAUCAUUCAGAAAAUGGAUGAAAUAAAUAACUUUUUUUUCUUUCAAUGCUCUCUCUACUUCUUACAAAACCACUAUUUAAGAAGUUAGACAACAAAACUCAGAUGCUUUGAAGAAUAGAUAAUACAGAUAUGUUCAACCAAAGAAUUUCUAUCAUAAAGUCUCUUAGUUUAAAAGUACAGUGCUGUAGUUUGUUCUCAGACUAGAGACAGUUGUUGUAGUGAGUGCAGUUCAUUCAAAGUGUUCACAUGUUUUAACUUUAAUAUAUUUAUAUAGAAUUGAGCAAACCAUUGUACAGAUAGAGUCAUUGCAUCACUUGUUUGCAUGUUUGCCGAAUACAUGACCAUUUUCUAGUCCACUUUCUAAUGACUUGUAGAUACUUGCAUGGAUUUUGAUUUAUUUUUUUGGUUUUGAAUGUACAGAAUGUGGUCAUGUAAACAACAACGUUUUGAUAUUAAAUAUUGAUUUCAAUUUAUUGUGUGCAUUUAUUUCUUAGACAGAUGUGCACAGGUAGAAUGCACUUUUACAAAACAUUCAUAGUGUGUGCUUUAUAAUUAUUCUUUUACUAUAUUGGAAUUUAAGCUAAGCUACAUUUUUUUUUGACACCAAUGGUAAAAUAACCCUUUCAUUCCUAAUCUCAUGAAGAAUUUAUCAAGAUUCAAGCAUUACUAUGUAUUUUUAUAUUAUUUUAUUAACAAAAAUAUCUUUACCAUUGUGUAUUUUUCUUAUAUUUUGUUCGAUGUAUUACAGUGCAUUUAGUUCUUUGUUGUAAUACAGACCAGACAAAUCACAAAUGUUUUGUUUUUUUGUUGUUUUUUACACAUUAAAAUGUUGAGUUUCAUUGGAGUUUGUUUUUAUACUAGAACAAGAACAUGUAUAUAAUGCUAUAAAGAAACUGAUACAGAAAGCCAACAUUCUCAUUGAGUGGUGUAGUCAUUUUGUUAUAUUUUUAAUUGUCUAUUCCAUCUAUAUUUUGUGUACAUUAUAUAGCAACUUUGUAAAUGACAAUUAAACAAUGUAAAACAAAAGCUUUCA